AUGCAUCGCAGAAGAAAGGGCAAGAACUCGAACUCUGACAUAUGCAUUGAACAACGGUCUGACAUCGCCGGUUAUUUCAGCAGUGCUAGGAAGAAUGGCACCUACGGAAAAAACAGCUCGGAGGCUGUGCAAGAUCCUGCGAGCGGAAAGCUGGAGACAGAAGACCCAUGCAUGCUACGUGGAUCCGAGGAAGUGAUCGCAUUCAUCAAGGAAAACCGUCCCCCAGAGCAGCGAGCAGAGCCGCGCAAAGAGCGCACCGCCUUCAGCCGAGGCCAAGUGGAGGCGCUGGAAGCGGAGUUUUCACUGCGCAACUACCUCACCCGUCUGCGGCGCUACGAGAUAGCCUUGGCUUUGGACCUCACCGAAAGACAGGUCAAGAUAUGGUUCCAGAACAGGCGCAUGAAGUGCAAGCGGAGCCGGUCAGCAGCCAAGGCAGCAUGGGAGCCCAUUCCUUCUCUACCGAGGAGCACUAUCAUGCUGCAGGCUGACCCUGACAAGCGGCAACUUAUGCCCACGUGCUGUUCAGUGAACUCCGACGGCAACUGCUUACUAUAAAA